CCUGCACGAGGAUAAGCUGCGGAGAGGAAAAGUAGCGGUAAGAGUAGAUUUAAACAACCCUGAGAGGGUGAAGAGGAAGUGGUGCGCGUGAAUUACGCGCUUUACGCUUAACGGUAUAUCGAUCCUGGACCCAAAGGAUCAUCUUUGGUAUUCCGCUGGUGUAUCAGGCUACCGAGGGUGUUGGUUUCUCUCCGCGAGGAUUUCACUCGCUGCCCGAAGGCCGAUACUGAUAUGACACGGUAAAAAUGAGAAUUGAUACUAUCGAAGGCCUUUCGGAUGAAGGAUCACUGUCAGAGAAUAUGGAUACGGAGAGCUACGGAGUAGAAGCAGAACUCACGAGCCUUUCCUGGCUCCAAUCCCUCGACAUCACCAGUGCCUCAAAUCUACCGACUCCACCAUGCUCGCCUUCGCCUCCUCCGAUCGCUCAGCAUGCACCAAAGAAAAUGUCACCAUUGCUUAAAGCUGAACUAGACCUUGCUGAAAAUGCGGAAAAGUACCGUCUGGACUCGGAUGCUAAACCUCCUUUCUCAUACGCAACAUUAAUCUGCUUGGCGAUGCGGGCUAAUAAUAACAAACUGACACUAUCGAGCAUCUACAGAUGGAUAAGAGAAAACUUCAUGUACUACAAGCAUGCCGAUCCCGCGUGGCAGAACUCAAUCCGCCACAAUCUAUCGUUGAACAAAUGUUUCGUGAAGCUGCCACGAUCGAAAGACGAGCCGGGUAAGGGAGGUUUUUGGAAAUUGGAUCUUGAGAGAUUAGAGGAAGGAAGACGUUCGCGAAGGCGGGUCUCGUCCCGCCGAAAUAGCACGACCAAAACAGCGGUACCAACCGCAAAUUCGACACCUGUAGCCUUGUACGAAACUCCACCGAGCAGCGUUUCACCCCCAAUUCCAGACAGCCUGCCAGAAGUCCCCGAAUCGACACAGGUUAGUCUAAGCGAAGAUGACCUUACAGGACUUCUGAUCGCAACUGUCGGCUGGGAUGAGAAUCAGCUUGAUCUUCUCGAUUCUUUAUUAGAUUCCUUGUAAGCAUCAUAUUUCUUCUUCUUUUCCUCCUAAUUCUUUUUUUUUUUUUUUUUUUUUUCAUAAAAUAAUGACGCCGGGUUAUUUCCUUGAAAAUUGUCUCUCAAUUGCCUAAAUUCAGGCGGAUUUACUCCUGUGAAAUUGCCGUGAAAUAACCCGACGUAUACGAUACAUCUAUCGUUCAAGGUUCAAACAUCCCGCGGUAAAUUUACGCUGACAGCAAUAAUUAUAACCGUUGCUCAUGUAUAGAAUUAAAUAUUCAGACAACCUUUUUGUCUCUAACUUUAAUACGCACGACGAUCCUUCGAGUGAUUUGCACAAGUAAAUUGUAUAUUCGCGAAUUAAAAAAAUUCAAACAUACAUUUUAUAUAGUGAUUUAAAUAUUGUAUAAUAUCUAAAGUGAUGUCCGGCAAUGGAGUUGAAAAUUUUCGGACAAUAUUCUUCAAAUAUUAAGAAAUUUUAACAACUUUAAGAAGAAAAAUCUUUAGUUAUUGUAAUCGAAUUUUUUUCUUAAUUAAAUUAGUGUAGAUACAAUUAGUAAUACCGUAGAACCGACUCAAACAACAAGUACCACACGUGAAA